AUGGAUAAGUCUCAAUCUCUCACAUCACCACCAUAUUUUGAUGGAAACAACUAUGCUUAUUGGAAAGUCCGAAUGAGAGCGUUCCUAAAGUCUGUGGAUGAACGAGUGUGGGUUUCCAUAACAAAAGGAUGGAGAGAACUAGUUGUUAUCAUUGAGGGAGUUCAAACUCCUAAAAGUGUGGAUAAUUACUCUAGGGAUGAAAUAAGUGAGUGUGGUUGGAAUAACAAAGGCCUGAAUGCGAUUUUCAUGGCUGUGUCCCAGGAGGAGUUCAAGCGAAUCUCCAUGUGUGAAAAUUGUAAAGAAGCUUGGGACAUUCUUGAGGUUACCCAUGAAGGUACUAAUGCUGUAAAGAAUUCUAAGCUUCACAUGCUGACCACGAGUUUUGAAGAACUUAGAAUGAAAGAUGAUGAAACUUUUGACGCCAUCUAUGCCAAACUCAAUCAUGUUGUCAAUUCUAGUUUUAAUUUAGGGGACAAAAUCCCUGAAAAUAGAAUUGUGAGAAAGAUUCUCAAAUCUCUUCCUGAGAGAUUCCAUCCCAAAGUCACUGCCAUUGAAGAGAGUAAAGAUUUAGACAAUAUGAGGAUUGAAGAGCUGGUGGGCUCUCUACAAACCUAUGAGCAUACUCUUCCUGUGGAUAAGAAAAAUAAGUCCAUAGCCCUCAACACUAUCGAUGAGUCGUCCGAUGAGUUGGCUAUGAGUGACAAAGAAAUAGCUUUUUAUGCUAAAAAAUUCUGGAAGAUGUUUGUAUCUAGAAAUAGAAAGAACUGGGGGGAUAAGAAGAAAAUGUUUGAGAGAGUAAAUACAAAUUCCAGCUCAGGAAACAAGGAAUGGAGUUCUAAGAAAUACACUAGAGCUAUCAAAGACAAGUGUGCAAAUUACAAAAAGGCCAUAGGGAAAGCAAAGGGUGCUUCUUUGAGUGAUAAUGAUUCUGAGACAAGUGACUCUUCAAAGAGUCUCUCUCCAAAGAAAAAUCGCAACUACAUGGCAUUCACUUCUUCUGUUGGUGGCCAAAGUCAUAGAAGUGAAUCAACGUAUGAAAAUGAGAGUAUAUCCGGAAGUGAAUCCGGGGAUGAUGAUGAGUUGGAGGAAAUCUAUGAGAAGUUGUACAAUGAAUGUGUAAAAUUGAGGAAACUCAAUAAAACACAUAUUCAGAAUAUAGAUAUUUGCAAAAGAGAAAAUGAGGAUCUCCAAGGUAAAUUGAAUGAAGCCAUUUGUCUAACCGAUCAGUUGCAAAAGAGGAAUGUGUCACUCAAGAAUAAAAUGAAAAUGCAGGGAAGUGAAUUGAUUUUGUUAAACGAUAAAUUGAAAAAUUUGUCUACUAGGAAACAAAAGCUUGACAAAAUCCUAAACUCAGGAAAGUCCGUUGGUGACAAGAGAGGUAUAGGAUAUAUUGAAGGGAAACCUGAUGUGGCUUCAACUUCAAAAACCCCAUGCAAAAAGGUAGGAAAAAUAAUAUUUGUUCCUGCAUCGAAUGAGAAUGGCAAAGCACAACUUUUUAAAAAGGGUAAGAAACCCCUACAUGUGCAAAAGCCUGUCCCACCUCCCAAGAGACAAGGAGCUCGCAACACGAGCUCUAUAUGUCAUCACUGUGGGAAGGUUGGUGAUGUUAGACAAGAUUGCUUCAAGCUAAAUAAUCAAUAUUUUCAUGCUCUUGCAUUCACUAAAAGUAGAACUGCUUAUACUUCUGAAAAAAGUAAGAAGUUCUUAAAUGCCCCUAGGUACGUCUCACCCUCCAUGAGACAAAAAGCUCACAAGGCAAAACACGUCUGUCACAAUUGUGGUAAGAUUGGUCACAUUCGACCAAACUGUUUUGAGCUUAGGGACCAUCCUAAGAAAAUUGUAAAGCCCUACUCAAGAAAAGGGCAUCAAAACUUGUGGAGCCAAGUCAUGGUCUUGACCAAACAAAAUGAGAUGAUCAAUGUGAAGUUAGACCAAUUGACUACUAGCCAAAAGGCUGAUACGUCACUGAUUAUGUCCACAGCCAAAGUCAUGUCUCGUCGUGUUCAUCCACCCCAAAAUCCUCCUGCCCCCGCUCAAGCACAUUUCCACAAUGCUCGUGCAAGAGAACUUUACGCUCAAAACUUUUCUACCCGUUCUCCAAUUGUCGAGCGUCUCCGGAACAUUGUCUUCCGGGUGACUCCAGGCAUGUUAGCGGACUUGCUAAAUACCCCGCGAGUGGCAAACCCUACGUAUCCCUAUACACGGACUUCUCCUCCUAGUCCGUCGGUCAUUGUUGAAUGUCGAAUUGGUCAUUUUUCUAGUUGGGAUGGUUAG